UCACGUUGGUGGAUUCAGUUCUUGGUGAAAAUGUGACAUUUACCUGAACCGCGGUGCUAAUGUACGACAGUACUGAAUACGUAUCACGAUUCGAUAUGUUCAAGCUUUUCAGCGAAAUGAAUUUACUGGGUAGCGAGAUGUAUUAGGAAACAUGUAGCGGCAGGCUAACAAAUUUAGACGACUUUCCAGUUGGCUUUUGUACCCACUUGCCAAACGUGGAUGUUCUGAACGUACGUUGUAUUUUUGCAGUCACGCUGCGCUACGACGCUUUGAAGUGAUAUAGUGACAUUUUUUGUAAAUUUAGGUGGAUAUCGACAGUGGUUUCGGUGUUUGUUGCUUCAAGCUACUAUAGUCACUCAUCCCGUUGGAACAGCAGCGAGCGAACAUGUAACAUCUCAGUUCAUGUAGUUUCGAAUGCGGGAAAAUAAAAGAUAAUACGAGGGUAGGAUAGCUUAUACUUUUGUCUUUUCAGCGACCACUGCCAUCUCCGUUAGUUUUGUGAGGGCUACCUUUUCCAAGUCAGGUGUCAUAGUCUGAAUGCGUUUCGAAACGAAAGACUAUCUUAGUCUGAGCGAAGAAUGCAAUAUUCAUGAAAAUCAUGUUCUGUGUCAAAAGAUUCACUACUGUUAGUUGUUUGUCCUGCUCUGAUUAGAAUUUACUGUGCAUAUCAGGAAUAGUUAGCACAUCAUGGAUCACAGUCUAGGUAAUAUGUCCGCCUCAUAUGUGGCCAGCAAGAGGAAAACGUUCAGGCCUAAACUGAAGCCCCAAACACCAGCUUUCUCAAAUAUUUUAGAGAAAGAGCUGGAUGGAGGGGGGAUUGGACCAGCCAAGAAUGAGGAAUCAAGUUCUCAGAAGACACAAAAGAUAAAAAGAACAUAUGGCAGAAAAAAGUACCAUGACCUCCAGACAGUACCCAUGAGUCCUGCUGAGGACUCAGCCAGCGAGUCCUCUUGCUGCUCAAUGGUCUCCUCCAACCUGGUCAAUGGCUCAGAGGACCCACCAGAGACCGCAGGUUACGUUACAGACAGUAGGAUAGGGUGUAGAGUCAGUCCACCCCGCUCAGACACACUGACAGGUUUUAGGGUGAAGAAACAGAAAGUUGAGGAAGAGGAUCAAUCUUCAGUCAAAAACCUUUCACAAGAAGUGUCAGUUCCAGUUCCUGUUGUACAACACACUCUGGCUCAGACUACACAGGACCAGAGACCUAAUCUCUGCACCAUGAAGAAAGAUCUGCCUUGCUAUCCUCCAGGGAGUCAAGAGGAGAGGUGGCACCUGCAGAUCAUGGAUAAAGGGCGGGUCACAUGUCCCAAGUGCAAAACAGUUGGGAGGAAGACUGUGGAAGGCCUGAAAAAGCACAUGACAUCUUGUAAACUGGACCCCUUCACUUGUCCGCAUUGUGGGAAAGAGCUGAAGUCUUCGGCAGGGAUGAAAUACCAUCUAAUGGCUGACCACAACAAUCUGCCUGCUCCUGAGGAUGGGCGCAGACUAGAUGAUCAGGCCAUGAAGGAGAAACUGAGAAAAGUUCUGAAGAGAAUGGGCAAAUUAAAAUGCUCUAAAGAGGGCUGCACUGGCAGUUUCACCAGUAUAAUGGGAUACCUGUACCAUAUGAAGAAGUGUGGUAAAGGAGAGUCAGAGCUGCAGAAGUUACUGCUGAACUGCAGACACUGUGGAAAGAGCUACCGUUCCAGGGCAGGCUUGGAGUACCACCUUAAAUCUGAGCACAGACCAACGCCGCUGAAGGUGGAAGAUGAGGAUUUGAAGACCCAAAGAGAGCCUAACCCGGAACGGACGCCGAGUGGCAGGGUAAAACGAAUGUCGGCCCAGGUGGCUGUGUUCCACCUGCGGGAAAUUGCUAGUGAGGAACUGUUAAAGGAAUGGCCCAAAAGGAAGGUGCAGCAGGAUCUAGUACCAGAUGACAAAAAGCUGAAAUAUGCAAGGCCAGGGCUGCCUACCUUUAGUCAGGAGGUCUUAAGGAAGUGGAAGAACGAAGUGAAGCUACAGAGAAAAGUUCAGUGCCCAAACCAGGGUUGUAAUUCAGUCUACACCAGUGUGUCUGGACUGAAGGCUCAUCUUGGGCUCUGUACAAAAGGGGAAUUUGAAGCAGGGAAAUACAAGUGCCUGAUAUGUGAUAAAGAGUUUAACUCAGAGAGUGGGGUCAAGUAUCACAUCAACUCUGUCCAUUCUCAGGACUGGUUUGUGGUGAGCUCCAAGGCUUCCAGAAACUUUGAAAAGUUGCUCAAGAACAAGCCCAAAGAGGACCAGUCUGAGUGUUCUGAACUUCGGUUUCUUCUGGGCUCCAAGAUGUGGCAGGAUGGGAAAGCUCCACCGCCAGCUUCGUGCGGUGGUCGGACAGGGUUCGGGCCAGAGGAGAAAGGAGACAGACAGGAGAAAGACUGUUAUAAUUUCAGUGGCAGUGACAGCCCAAGCAGCAGCAGCAGCAGCAGCAGCAGCAGCAGUGGAGGUUCGAGCAGUGAGUCUGAGGGAGAGGAGACGGAAGCCCUUAGACGUGACACGUGGACACUCAAAAGGCCAUCAGUUCUACCUGAUUCCAGCAAAGCACAGAGGACCAGCCCAAGGUUAAACAGAGAGAGGAAGAGAAUGGGUUUGCCUCGCGACGAAGACACAGAGGUCCAGUGUGAGCAAAGCAGCCCGAAAGAGAUGCCCCAGGAGACUAACGGUGAAUCCGUGACCUCCUCAGUGCUUCAGGCACCUGAGAAUGAAAACUCUAAUAUGGACAAGGAGGCAGAGACAGGGUCCUCUGUGAAUAACUCACAACUGGAAGUCGAGGAGAAUUCUGCGGGUCAGUCUGCUGAUGCCCAGCUAACUUUGGCCACUACCCAGAAAUCUUUGCCACCUAAAGCCAAGGCCAGAAGGGGACGUCCAAAGAAAAGUGCCGGUCGUCCAGGGAAACAACCAGAAAAAGCCAAAACACCUGUCUCACAAGUGCACAGUGAAGGAGAGACCUGUACAAUGUCAGAAUCCCCAGAUGUAACUGCCAGUGGGCGGCCCAAGAGGAGAGCUGCCAAAGUUGCACUAGAGUAUCUGCACACUCUGGCCAAGGACAUGGAGAAACACUCUGUGGAUCCUCAGAGAGAGAGGAGGGAGUCGAGUCCAGAGGACACACCCAGCCAAGUCCAGAAAACGCCCAGUGGGAGAAGAAUAGGAAGGAAGAGGAAAGCUCCAGACUACGACAGCGAUAAACAGGAGGAUGCAGACUUUGUUCCGGACAGGGAGAAUGAGAAGGAAAGCGAGGAGGAGGAUUCCCAGGAAGAGGGCGAUUCAGAAUCAGAUUUGGAACCCACCGUAGGUCGGCGAGGGAGUUCAACCAGGAAAGCCACUAAGUGGAUAGAGACUGUGAAAUGUCAGAGUGCAGGUGGCCUGGGGCAUACUGCCAUGCAGGCUGCAUGGGCCUGCUUCAGGAGCAACAAAGAAUUCCGUGAGGAACACCAUUCGCCCUGGGUCUUCCCUGAAUGGAUACCUUCCGUCAAAGACUGGAAGUUUCUGCCUGCGAGUGAGGCAGAGAAAUAUUUGCCUCAAGAGCAGGAGUCUCCAGCUUUUGCCUUUUCCAGAGAACAAAACAAAAGUGAAAGCUCUGUCCACCGGAUAAAAAGGUUUGAGGCAUUGCCCCACCACAGUGAACGCUGGGACACGCUCUUCUUCGUGGGUGGACCCGUCUGGUCCGUAGAGUGGUGUCCAUGUCCAGAUGGUGCCUUAGGACGGCAAUAUGUGGCACUCUACUGUAAUAGGGGCAUGGACGACAGACACAAAAUCAAUGUGGUCUAUUCAGAACCUGCUCUGCUCCAACUCUGGGACCUGGGAGAUCUCCAGCACAAUAACAGACCCAGCUCCUCUCCGUGCCUGGCCUACGCGGUUGCUCAGGAUGAAGGAAGUAUCUGGAACAUGAAGUGGUGCCCAGCGGGAUCAUGGGAGUUGCCUACUACCAGUAGAAAGGAGCCGCAUAUGGCCCGUCUGGGUCUCCUAGCUACAGCCUUCUCCAAUGGAACUAUUAGUAUCUUCAGUCUUCCACACCCAGAGGCCCUGAGGGCUCACAGAACAGGUAGAAGCAGAGGAGAGAUGAGCCCAGAGCCUCCGAUAUGCCAGGUGAAGUGUGUAGUAAAGCUGAAACUGGGCUCCCUCCAGGCAGAACAAGAUAGCCAGAGCGGACAGUGCUUUGCGCUGGACUGGUUACCAGUUAAACCACACAAUAUCCUCGCUGCUGGUUUCUAUGAUGGUAUGGUGGCCCUGUGGGAUUUGACCACGAAAUCUCUCUUGCAGCGGGUCAGGGCUCUAGACCAAGGCGUCACUCUGUUCCCGUACCACUGCUUCAUCGCCCACGACAACCUGGUCCGCAGCCUCAGCUGGUGCAAGGCUUCUGGAGAUCUCUUGGUUACGGCAGGAGAGGACCGUACAGCGAAGAUCUGGAACGUGAAGAAGAGCCACGCUCCGCUGACAGAGACCAGACGUUACAUGCCCACAGAGGUGGAGUGGCCUCUGCUCUGGUCCGGCUUUGUCCUGGCUCAGGAGUGCUGCUACGCCACACCCGGGCAGCAUGGGAUCCAUUACAUAGACUCAGGGUACUAUGGCUUCAAACCGUACAUCAUGGGUCCACGCAAGGCCACAGCAUGGAGUAUCUCUUUCUCUAACUGGCUGAGCUGCUGCGCUAUGGUCGACAACAUUGGGGAGUUGGUCGUUGCCUUGCUACCUGAUCUCACAAACAACCCCAACAACCUGAGACGCAAGAGAUUUCCGGUGAGCAGGACUGAAAUGGUCCAGUUACAGUCCAGUCAGAGGGCAUCAGAGGGAGAGACCAGUGACCAUACAGACCAUAUUAAUGGCCCCGAUCAGGAACCACAGACUUACAGAGGGGCAGUGAAGAAAUACUACCUCCGUUUCCAUGACAUGGACCUGAGGAAUUUUAAUAAGUACCAGGACAGGCCGAUUGUGAAGCACCUGCAUGCCACAGAGACUAAAGGUUGUCUGGCCCUGGACCGCACGCCUCUGAACGCCCUCUACAAGGUCCGUAUGAACCCAAACAUGAUGGCCCACACAUGGCUGUUGUCUGCAGGCCAGUCUGGUCUGGUUCGGGUCCACUGUAUCCAGGGUAUGAAGAGUUCUUACACGCAUAAGCUGGUCCAGGAGAGCCAGGUCCACUUCAGUGCCAUGUUCCCGUCUCAGGAUCCUGAGUCCAGUCAGAACACAGUGACUGCUGUACAUCAUUAUACUGCUGAGACAGUACGGGUUCUUUAG